ACUGGCGUGGUUGACAUGAGCUCAGCAGCACAUGUCGAAGUGCUGGCCACAUGAUCGGCUCUCCUGGGUCAUGUGACUUAGUGACGUAGGAUGUUCGCUGCCUCUGCUUCCAUGCUUUUUCCACUGUCAGUUUUUAUGCCUGUUGGUAGUUUGGAGGCACUCAGACGAUUUGAAACGCGGCGAGUCUUACAGGAAAUCUGUGAGAGAUGAACAGUGAAAACUUCAGCCUGAGUGAGAACAUAGUGUCACCCUCCUACGUUCGACAAGGGAGCCAGGCACGUCGUAGCCAUGAGCAGCUCAUCAGACAGUUACUGGAGCAGGGUAAGUGUCCAGAGGAGGGAUGGAGUGAGAGCACCAUAGAGCUCUUCCUGAAUGAGCUGGCUGUGAUGGACAGCAAUAACUUCCUCGGCAACUGUGGCGUAGGAGAGAGGGAAGGCCGUGUAGCGUCCAGCCUUGUGGCAAGACGACAUUACAGGUUGAUCCAUGGCAUAGGUCGGUCAGGAGACAUUGCUGCUAUUCAGCCCAAAGCUGCAGGAUCCAGUCUGCUCAAUAAGCUGACAAACUCAGUAGUGUUGGACAUUUUAAAGCUCUCGGGUGUCCGGAGUGUAGCGAGCUGCUUUGUCGUCCCCAUGGCGACAGGAAUGAGCUUGACUUUGUGCUUCCUGACCCUCCGUCAUAGGAGACCCAAGGCUCGCUACAUCAUUUGGCCUCGAAUCGACCAGAAGUCCUGUUUUAAAGCCAUGAUCACAGCAGGCUUUGAACCAGUGGUGGUGGAGAACAUUCUUGAGGGCGAUGAGUUGCGGACAGACUUGGAAGCAGUUGAGGGCAAGAUCCAGGAGCUUGGAACAGAGAACAUCCUGUGCGUUCAUUCAACAACGUCCUGCUUUGCCCCGCGGGUCCCUGACAGGCUUGAAGAGUUGGCCACUGUGUGCGCCAAAUAUGACAUUCCCCACAUAGUUAACAAUGCAUACGGAGUCCAGUCGUCUAAAUGCAUGCAUCUGAUACAGCAGGGGGCUCGUGUUGGACGAAUUGAUGCCUUUGUACAGAGUUUGGACAAGAACUUUAUGGUUCCAGUAGGUGGCGCCAUAAUCGCAGGUUUUGAUGAGUCCUUCAUACAGGAGAUUAGUAAGAUGUACCCAGGUCGAGCAUCGGCCUCACCUUCCCUUGACGUCCUCAUUACCCUUCUCACUCUCGGAGCCAGCGGCUACAAGAAACUCCUGUCAGAGAGAAAGGAGAUUUAUUCGUUCCUGGUUGAGGAGCUGAAGAACUUGGCCUCUGCACAUGGGGAGAGAUUGCUCCACACUCCACAUAACCCUAUUUCACUCGCCAUGUCUCUGGAUGGUCUCCAGGCCGAGAGCGACAAGGCAGUGACUCACCUGGGCUCCAUGUUGUUCACACGGCAGGUGUCAGGAGCCAGAGUGAUCCCACUGGGCAAGGAGCAGACCAUCAGCGGACACACGUUCCGCGGCUUCAUGUCUCACUCGGAGGCGUAUCCCUGUCCUUACCUCAAUGCCGCCUCAGCUGUGGGCAUCACUCGUGAAGAUGUGACACUGUGCAUCAAAAGGCUUGACAAGUGCCUGAAGUCCCUGAAGAAAGGGGGAAAUGAGCCGAAAAGCAGCUCCCCGGUACGUCCGCCGUGCCAGGAGGACACUGCUGGAGAAUGACUGAGAAGAAAUAAAAACAUUUUAACAAGCAAAGUAGACAAAUUGACUUCUACUUCGAUCGAGCCUUCUCCUGAAUGUGCUUACUUCUUACGUGAUUUGAACGGCGUGUGUUCGUAUGAAUGGCAGUUGCUGAUGGGUUAUCAAUGCGGACAUUGACUUGAACUCUGCAGCAACAGCUAAUGAAGAAACUGUGUGCGGGUGUUCACUACAAACCAAAGCAACGCAGGCUAACGUCGCUGACGGACUAUCUCGUCUGGAAAGGUGUACUAAUUAGUAAAUGUUGUAAAGACACAAGCUGAAUACAAAUGCUUCUCUGGA